CGUAUAAUCGAUCUCAUUGCGUCGUCACUGUGAAACGCAUCAGUGAUUCCAUCAGCACGAUUGGCGACUUCAUUCAACCAGCUGUUGCGUUUAAUAUAUGCACUGAAGAUGAGCAAAACACAUUUGGCUUUUAUCCUGUUGAUUGCAAAUCACAUUACCGGAGCCCUUUCUCGAGGUCCACCAGUGAUUGAUACGACAGCUCCCAUCCAACCACGUUUUACUGGAAAAUUGGGUGAAGUUAUUCAUUUUAUAUGCCCCAUCAGAGGUGACCCACAACCCAUUUUCGAGUGGUACAGAGACGGCGAGCGAGUCAUGGAAUAUUGGGAUCGCUAUCGGCUUAUCAGUAAAGGAUAUUCUCUCAACAUUCAGCGGCUUGAAUGCGAAGACCAGGGCACUUAUAUCUGUAAGGCUGUGAACGGUUUCGGCGUUCAUGAAAUCAGCUUUCAAUUGGACCUUCUCGACGAUGCGAUGCAAGAAGCUUGUAAAAGCAGUAGCGACGAAGAUGACAUUUCGUCGUCAAAGCCGAUUAUCUUGCAUAAAUCCAAAAAAUCUAAACAUAUGUUAAAGCCGGCCGGUAAUUACGCUUUGCUUAAAUGUAUCGCCGUCGCUGAGCCACUUCCAGAUUUCCACUGGUUCAAGGACGGUGUGGAGAUUAUACCCGAGAAAGGGCCGCCAACUGGCAACGUGGGACUUAAAUAUGUUGUGCGAUCAACGGUACUGUCAGAAGACGAUCUGACUGAAGUCAGCGAAAUGGAGGGCAUGCGUUCCACCCUACAGAUUAGCAACCUAAGAGGAUCUGAUACAGCUAACUACACAUGCAGAGCCCAGAAUGAACAUGGGUGGGAUGAAUUAACUCACAUCUUGGAAGUUGUUGAGAGGCAGGUUCCUCGGCGUCCAGAACUGCAUCCAGAUUUUCCGCCGGCCUAUUCGUGGGUAGAGGCAGGCCAGGCUGGCUCACUGUCUUGUAAAGUGAAUUCUGAAUUCCCCCCGGAAGUCCAUUGGCUGAAGCGACUCACGCCAAGCCCCGGAUUACCAAACAUCGUUCAACCUCCAGUGCCUGACGAAGUGGAAGUCGAAACAAUUCAUCCGCAGUUCAUCGUCAACCGCACUAUCAUUAUAGGAAAUAUUAAAUAUCAGAUCUUACCUUCGGCCCCAGCCAAACUGAUUGCCAGUGACGGUUAUUAUGCAUCAAUUUUACUCUUGUCCAAAAAGAGUCAGGAAGUCGAUUCUGGAUUCUACGUCUGUUUGGCUUUGAAUAAUGCAGGAUUUAAUUUCCGGCAAGUCUAUUUUAACGUCACCAAUAGCUAUGUGACUCCGUAUCAAACUACAGAUGACAGUUAUCCGGGGCGUAACACAAGCGAGGGCUGGGGUGACAAAGGCCGUACGGACGCCACAACAAUGGCGGUCGUCAUUGUUGUUGUUGUGUGCGGAUUAAUCGCGAUGGUGGCGUCGUGUUUCGUCUGGAAAAGACGCAAGAACCACCUCAGAGAUAAAACUCUUAGUGUUCCGUCUCCGUCUUUGUGUUCCUCAGCGCCGGAAGCCAUUGUUGUACAGCAACCCACUCCAGUGACUCAUUCUCCAUCUUCACUGGAUUACACAGUAUUCCGCGAAGGAUUGUCCAGCGGUAAUGGAACACCUCCGGCGUCCAACAGUUCUCGAUCGGACCCACCUCAGAACGCGCCACUGAAGGCCCACGUUCAACAGCAAAAAGAAAUCGUGCCUCCACGGAUGUAUUACUUGCCUGCGCGUACGCCGAAUUCCAGUAGUCCCCGACAGCAGAAGGUGAUCCAUCAGCCGCGAGUGAAACAGAGCAGCGGGAGCGGGAGAAGCGGAAGCGGAUCUCGACAGCAUCACCGCUCGUCGCCAAGGAGUAGCAAUAAUCAUCAUCAUUACUAUGUAAAUCCACCGUAUCACCAUCAGCGCCAUCCCGUGCCUGCGGAAGCCAGGUCAUUGACGACAGACACAUCCUUCCACAGCGAGUCGUUCUAUCCGGAUUGGUCGGCCUAUCCGCAUCACAUUCGAUUGCUUCACCCGUCACCGGAGAGCAGCUUCGAUCAGCUUUGAUUCUCGAUGGGAAUACGAUCCGUCUGGCUGCCGCAUUGAGAUUGAAAUCCAACCGAAUCGGCCAUCUGUUGAUCAAAACUGGCACUACUCGUUUCGACCGAUGAAAACCGACAAGUUGACUGACACCUGUGCAUAAACGUUGAAGUUCGCGUCCUUUUUAAUUUAAAUCAUUUUCUAGCCAAACCCUAAAGUGCUGGAACGGAUAACAAAUACUCUGCGCUUUUUACGUUUUUUUCUUUGUUUUUUUUUUUUUUUAUUUUUAUUUGCCCAUUUAUCAUUGCGUGUAUACGUCAUCUAGUCGUUUUUUUUUCAUUCAUCGCUGUGUAA